AUGGGAAAAAACCCAGGUUUUAUGGGACAUUCUUCAGAUAUUGCUGGAAACAGUCAUAAAGUGGUUAAAGAAAAUGAAUAUGAAGAAGAAGAUUUUAGUCGGCUAGCAAUCUGGCAACUCAAAGACUCAGAUAAGAAAUAUAAGCAAAUUGAUGAGUAUUCUCAGAAAAAAGCCAAAAAAUGGCUUGAGAAAUAUGUAGAUAGCUUGAGUGGUAUUAGUCCCAAAAUGAUACUUAAUUGUAGAUAUACUUACAAACGUACCUACAAGAAUGCAAUCAAAACCACACAAUCUAUAUUACAUCAGAAGAUAGGUAAUACCUACGAGAUAUUUCAUGGGGAAUGGCUUAAUUUUGAGGAUUUUAAGGCAACUAAUACUAUUGAAAGAUUAUGGAAAAAGGUUGUGGAAUAUGCUAGAACAUACACCGAGAAUAAUAAUCUCUCAAUAAGUACUGAGACAAAAAAAUCUAUAUGCUACGACUUUACAAAAUGCCUAAAUGCACUUAUCCUAUUUAUCGAGAAAUAUGAUACCUUUUUCCAUCAUUUAGUAUAUCAUAUGCGAUAUAAAGAACAUAUAUCCAUCCCAGAUAAGAUUGGACAACCUGAAACUAUGAGAAAAAAUGAGAUAGUUGUUAAGCAACCUAUUAUACCCAAUAUAACGAAAGCUGUUCGACUAGCACUAACAAUUUUCUAA